AUGCACGCCACCGGCCACACGGACCGCUCGGGCGGCGGCGGCGGCGGUGGCUCCUGGCGCCUCCCGCCCGACGAGACCCUACAAGUCGCCGACCCCAAGUCCGCCAAGGAGGAGGACUUAUACCAAGGAGAUGGCCACAACUGGCGGAGCAUCAUAUUUUCUUUGAUGGUCAUCAGUUUUGUCAUAGCCGGUAUUGUCACAGCUAUCUAUCUAUUAGGGUAUGUGGACGAGUUAUUGUACUGGUCGGGUCGUCGUAUGCGCUUGGACGAGUUUCUGCACGGGGACCUGACGGGCGAGCGACUGCCGACCACGUGGGUGAGCUCGCACCAGCUCGUGUACCAAGCAGACGACGGUGGCCUGCUGGCACUCGACACCUUCAACAAUACACUCACUGUUCUAGUCACCAAUCACACACUAAGGCAGCUAAAUGUGCGAGGCUACCAGUGCUCCCCGAACUUGCGUUACGUGCUCUUCCAACACAAUAUCAAGGAGGUUUACCGACGGACGUUUACUGCGCACUACACCGUUUAUGACGUCACAAAUGACCACCACAUCCCGCUGUUUGGCGAGGGCCAACGCAGUUGGGAGUGGCAGCACGCGGCCUGGCUGGGCGGCGACGGGUCCCUGCUGCUGGCGGCCGACAACGAGGUGCUGGCGCGGCCCGGGCCCCCCGCCCGCCGUGCCCCACUACUGCGCCUCACUACGGACGCCUCCCCCGGCGCUGUUUACAAUGGCGUCUCCGACUUUCUUUAUCAAGAGGAGGUGACGAAAACGGCAUCAGCGACGUGGGGUUCGUCGGAUGGUACGUUGGUGCUAUACGUGCAGUACGACGACCGCGCCGUGUCGGAGCUGCGGCUGCCGCGCAUCGCCGACAGCCUGGCCGGCGCCGGCGCGGCCCGGGCCGGCUUCCUGCAGAUGCCCACCAACAACGCCUCCGCACACACUGUCUUCCCCGACCAAGUCACUGUCAGAUAUCCCACGCCUGGCAGUGCGAUACCAAAGGUAAAGUUAUGGAUAGUAAGUGUUCAAAACGCGACCUCACCGCCACGAUGGGAAGUGAGGCCUCCAAGUACUUUAGAUGGAAUGGAAUAUUAUCUCAUAUCAGCCCAGUGGGUGGGCAAAGACAAUUCUCAUGUAGGUGUAGUGUGGAUGAAUCGAGCGCAAAACCUUACAGUUUAUAGCAGUUGUUAUGCUCCUAACUGGACUUGCACUGAGACGCACUCAGAAAAAGCAACAGAGGAGCCUUGGUUAGAGGUGCACCAGCAGCCUGUGUACUCGGAGGACGGCAGUGCGUUCCUCCUCCUCGCGGCCGUGCAGGAGGGAGGAGGACAGUACUACACACACAUCAAGCAUGUCGACGUACUGAGACAACGCAUGGCUGUCCUCUCGCACGGGAAGGUCGAGGUCGCCGAGAUCCUGGCAUGGGACCAGGAAAACCACUUAGUUUAUUAUUUAGGUUUAGACAAAGAAACGAUAGCCAUUCAUAGACUGCAUCCAGAUUUGGUGAAGGAAGCAAAUCAAAGCAGCGCGGACCGGCCGGGGCAGCGGCAGGUGUACGUGGUGCGGGACCCGAGCUACGGCGGCGGCAGUAACUCGGUGAAGGCGCGCGCGGAGCGGGAGGAGCCGCGGUGCCUGACGUGUGAGCUGGCGGUGUGGCCGGCGCGGCUGCACUACGCCAACUGCUCGUGGUGGCACGCCACGUUCUCCCCGGCGCGCGCGCGGCUCGGCAUCACGCACUACGUGCUGGAGUGCGCCGGCCCCGGCCCGCCGCUCGCCGGCCUGCACGACGCGCGCACGCACAAGCUAGAGAGGAUAUUAUAUGACACGAGGCCUUAUAGAUCAGUACGACUGCGCGAGUUGGCUCUGCCGACGCGGCGGUCAUUCGAAGUAGCAUUAGGCAGUGGCUCCAAGGCGAGAGUGCAGCUGCUACUGCCGCCAUCUUGGAGGGAGGAGCUCAGGGAUGCUGCCUUUCCCGUGCUUGUUCAUGUAGACGGCAGGCCGGGUAGCCAGCAGGUGACGGAGGAGUUCCUGGUGGACUGGGGCUCGUACAUGUCAUCACGUAAUGACGUGGUGUAUGUGAAGCUGGACGUGGCGGGCGCGCGGGGACUACCGCGGGCGCUGCUGCGGGGCAGGCUGGGGGGAGUGGAAGUCGCUGACCAGUUGGCUGUUAUUAGAUAUUUAUUAGAAACGUUCAAGUUCCUGGACGUGACGCGCGUGGCGGUGUGGGGCUGGGGGUACGGCGGCUACGUGACGGCCAUGUUGCUGGGCUCCCAGCAGUCCACGCUCAAGUGCGGCAUCGCUGUCUCGCCCAUCACCGACUGGCUCUAUUAUAACGCAGCAUUCACGGAGCGUAUCCUUGGCCAGCCGUCGGUGAACUACAAGGGCUACGUGGAGGCGGACGCGUCGCAGCGCGCGCACCACGUGCCGGCGCAUGCGCUGUACUUAGUGCACGGCCUGGCCGACGUGUCCGCGCCGUACCCGCACGCGCUGCAACUAGCGCGCGCGCUCACCGACGCCGGCGUGCUGUUCCGAUACCAGGCGUACGCCGACGAGGGUCACGACCUGAAGGGCGUGAUUGAGCACGUGUACCGGUCCAUGGAGGACUACCUCCGCGAGUGCCUCUCCCUCGACCCCGAGGACACCAAGCUGCCGCCGCCCGACAGAUAG